UUUAAUAGCUGUUGAUUUUUUGACAGGUGCAUGCAGUAUUUAUUGAAGAGUUGACUAGAUUCUAUAUAAUCUAUAAUAAAAGCCACUCCAACAAAGAACUUAGUUUUCUGUCCUGAAUUCUCAGAAUUUUGAUGAGCUGUGUUGUUUUGUAGGUUUUAUUCAGAUGAAGUUGUUUGCAGUAUCCCUUUCUAAAGCUGGUGUCAUAAUAUUAUUGCUUCUUGGGUUCAUUACAUCAUGUUUCAGUCAGUUUGACUUGGAAGGCACGUUCACACCACACCCUGGAAACUUCACUGUGGUCCUUGGAGAGAAUGUUACCUUCUAUUCAACCUUCAGCGACACAUCUCCUUAUAUUGAACUAUCGUGGAUUGUUGUUUUGGCUAGUGGCACCCGUUACGCCUCUUCUAGUCCCAGCGACGCUGCUAACAUUCGUCAAUUGGGAAUUGUUUUGAAUGAUACAGAAAACUCUCUAACAAUACCGGCGAGAAUGGAUAUGAAUAACACUAUUGUUGUACGACAUGCUGAUGAUGGACUUGCAAGUGCAUUCAGCUAUCAUGGAAGUCUGACAGUUCUAGGACCCCCCUCCCCUCCUGAGCCGGUGAUAACAGCUGUCAACAGCACCCUCCUCCACGUGAGCUGGCCUCCGCCCUUCACCUGGACCAACCACUCCAUCACACACUACAACAUCACCCUCACCAACACCAAUGAAGGUACUACACUCUAUUGGCAUAGCAACGAGACGAGCUUCCCGCUGAGUGGGGUGGGAGGAUGUGAUGUGCUGGUGGUGAACGUGACAGCUAGUAGCGACAUCGGGGAGGGGCAAGUAGGACAAGUCACAGGGGGAUUCCCUAUACCACCUGCACAAUUUGAGCUGAUGGAUUGCAAUACAUGCAAGGUCACUUAUACAAAGUACGGCAGUCCAAUGUAUACCAUCAGGUUCAAGUUGCCUAAUGUCUGCUCGUACCAAGCCGGGUCAUAUCAAGUGUGGCUAUACGGACAUACCACCAUUGGAGACGAGUUCAAACUUGGAUCAGAGACAGCUUACACAACCAGUGACACCAUCCAGCCCCUCACAAUAGAAGUGAACUCUAUCCUUAUGCUCAACCACUCCUAUACUAUUGUGGUGACAGUCAGUAACAUUGCUGGAAGUACAUCAACCAACGUCACAUUCAGUACCGAUUACCAAUUCCCUCUCCUCAACUCUUCAGUGACAGACCCAGAGAAUCCAGGUGGUGUAAACAUCCCUGUACUGAUCGGUGGUGUUACGAUAGCUGUUAUUGUGGUUACCAUGGUGCUUGUGGUUUUCGUGGUGGUGAUACUGCUGUUGUACAAGAGAAAAAGACGCUAUGGAGGUUCCAAAAAAAGCGCUGAGGAAGUAAAUUAUAACUACAGCAUUAAAAAUCACAAUGAAACGUUUUCUGUUGUGUCUCAGUUAAAAAGAAAUGAUUCAGAAGCAUAUGAGACGGCAGGAGACAAACCUCACGUCUCUCCCCAUCUGUAUGAUGAGAUCACCCAAACCAAACAGCUAGCAACAGAGCUAUAAAUUAAAACAGGGACAUUGCGAAUGUGUAUGCAUGUAUAAUUAUACAGUUAUCAAAGUUUACAACUGUUUAUUUUUCCUAUAAUUUUAUACUACUGGUGUUCUUUAUAAUUAUGAAUGUGUGAUGUGUUGAUGGUUGAGAUAGCCUGCAUGUGCAGUUUUACCAAUUUACC